UGCAACACAGAGGACGCCUGUUUAAGCCUGAAAGAGGAAAGACUACGCCGCCGCCCACUAGCUAACGCGGCCUCUGCUGUUUUGAUUCGCAGCUCGGACAGUCGGGGAGAGAUGUCGGAAGACUGCACGUCAGGGUAACUCCUUCCAGUUGCCCUACUACUGGGGUAAAACUCCGCUGUACUAAAUAAGAAAGAGGUAGUAACUGGAAGAGCUGGCAGCUUUGUACGGCGCUCGACUCCGGCCGGAUGACAUGGAGAUCUCGGCCGAGGGAGAGGCGGACGAGCGUAGGAGGGAGCACUGGAAGCUGCUGUCCAGCCUGAAGACCACAGUGGAGGGACUCGUGUCCACCAACAACCCCAACGUGUGGUCACGUUACGGCGGCCUGCAGCGCCUCCACAAGGACAUGAACAACAUCAUGAGCCACAGACUGAAGAAUGAGCAGAUGUACUACAAGCAGAGAGACUACUGGCCUUUUGUGUGGUGCGUUCGCUACAUCAGCCCCCACCUGGCGUUGCACGUCGAGCAGUUCAGUCACCUGGAACCGGUGCUGAGCAGCGGGAUGAAGAGUGCCGGUGAGAGCUACAAGGCUGAGCGCUGGCUGCUUCACAGCUUACAGGUUCACAUGCUCUCGGCUCAGCUCCGACCUCUGCUCCGGCAUCUGGGGCACACACGAAAAUACUAUAACGAUGAUGCUUUUCUCCUGAGUGAGCCCCAUGUGACUGCCAUGUUCCAGUGUCUGGAAGCUGUGGAGCAGAAUAACCCCAAACUGCUGGCUCAAAUAGACACUGUUGGGCAGCUGUCCCCUCUGAAAGGCCCACCAUCUCUGGGCCUGUUAAAAAGCCAGAGCCUGUGUGUGUUGCCAGGGGCUGGAGGUGUUUGGAGGAGUGCUGACUUGGCUCUCGGAGGAGAAUCUCUAAAUCGCAGACUCACCACCUCCAACUGUUCCCUUGGAGAGGCAGUCUCCGCCAGCCAAGUUGGGAACACUGCUGGAGCUGGAUCCUGCAACAGCAUAAGACCGGGAGAAGAUACUACCUGGGUGUGUGUGUCCAGGCCAGGUGAGACUGAGCGAGGUGUGAAGCCCUCUCCUGGCCACAUCUCUGUCCCUUGCAUCUCGCUCACAGAGUCCCCCUCGCCUACCUCCCUUCAGCCUGAGGCUGGGGACUCUGGUGACGGUGACUAUGAUGAUGGUCCGGAGUACCUGGCUAUUGGUAACCUGGGGCAGCGCAGCCGCCAUGACUCCCAAAGCUCCACCCACAGUAGUGAGAAGAGUGAGAGCCAGGACCAGUCCCUGAAACGGGGUUCCCUGGCUCAACCCCCACCCCGGCGCUCAUCCUUCUCAGAGGGCCAGAGAGGGUCGGGUCGAGGGUCCAGAGGACACACACGCUCAUUUUCUGACACGGGGAUCAAUCAGAAACUCAGGAACGAAUCAACAGAAGACUGUAUGAAAGACUACAGCCCUUUCUCACCUCAGCGCUGUGAUGCCAGCACCCCCAGUUCCCUCUAUAUGGAGUCUCGUGGGUGCCAGUACAAUGAUGUUCCAGAUGGGAUGUUCAGGAAGCCAUCAGAGGGUCAGAGCCUCAUCAGCUACCUGUCAGAGCAGGACUUUGGCAGCUGUGCUGACCUUGAGAAGGAGAACGCUCAUUUCAGCAUUUCCGAGUCCCUCAUUGCUGCUAUCGAGCUGAUGAAGUACAACCUGCGUCGUCAGCAGGAAGAGGGCGAGGAAGAGGGUGACAGCGACUGUGAGAUUCAGCAGCUCAAACAGAAGAUUCGUCUGAGGAGGCAACAGAUCCGACGCAACCGCCUGCCGCCCUGCGCAACGUCCCAGCACAUUUUCCACUCAACCGACAGUGGAGGCUCCAGGAGGAGCUCCCAGGACUCCUGCCAGGGCCUGUCGGACUCUGGCUCAGCUGAGGAGGUGGAGGAGUGCGAACUACGAGAUGGCUGUGAGGGUCACUCCCUGCUGGCGGUCUCUCAGAACGGUCUCUCCCUGUCACUCGCCUCCCUCUUCUCAGAUGCAGACAUAAAACGCAGCGUAAGUUCCAGCAGCAGGUCUUUUCUCAGCUCAGAGUCCAUCUCUCCGUCCUUCCUCCAGUCCAACUCAGCUGAGUCCGUGGCCAUGGGUUUACUCAGGCAGUUUGAGGGCAUGCAGCUUCCUGCAGCCUCAGAGCUCGACUGGCUGGUCCCAGAACACGAUGCUCCGCAGAAGCUGCUGCCCAUCCCUGACUCUCUGCCAAUCUCACCUGAUGAUGGCGAACAUGCAGACAUCUACAAGCUGAGGAUUCGGGUCCGAGGAAACCUGGAGUGGGCGCCGCCCCGACCACAGAUCAUCUUCAACAUUCAUCCUGCCCCCAAGAGGAAAAUAAUUGUAGCUAAACAGAACUACCGCUGCGCUGGAUGUGGCACCCGCAUCGACCCAGAUUACAUCAAGCGACUGCGUUACUGUGAAUACCUCGGCCGUUACUUCUGUCAGUGCUGCCAUGAGAAUGCCCAGGCGGUGGUUCCCGGCAGGGUGCUGAGGAAGUGGGACUUUAGCAAGUACUAUGUCAGCAACUUUGCCCGGGACCUGCUGAGCAAGAUCGCCGGAGACCCGCUGUUUAAUCCCACUGACAUUAACAGUGGCCUGUACAAGAAGAUCAAAUCUCUGGAGUCUGUCAGGGUUUUGAGAGUGCAGCUGUUUCACAUGAAAAAUCUCUUCAAGACCUGUCGCUUUGCUAAAGAGGUGCGGGACCAGUUUGACAGCCUGCCGGGUCACCUGACAGAGGACCUUCACCUCUUCUCCCUCAAUGACCUCACUGCUGUGCGCAACGGUGAUCUGGCUCCCCGAAUGAAAGAGCUGCUUAAACUUGGUACCAUGCACGUAGCUGGCUGUGUGAGUGCCACGCUUGCUACCAUCGCAACUGCUUUCGUGCAGAUAAAGACUGUCCCCGAUGUCAGCGGCUUGCAGAGCGGAGAAAGCGGCUGGCCCGCAAAAACAUGGAGGAACAAGAGGAUGAGGGAGGUGGAACCUAGUGGUAGCAACAGAAACUUAGAGACAGAAGGAGAAGAGCACAAAGCGACCAUGAUUGUAGUGACUCACCACCUCUCUUUCCGUACCUGUCCUCUCAGAACUGACUGCAAACAGGUGUUCAGAACGCGUUAGAUUGCCAGGUGUGCAGUUUUAUUACAGCAGGGCAUCAUUCGUAUUGGUGUCACGUUGGCUAAUGUUGAUUUUCAGGUGCAUUUGGUGUAAGCUAAGCCCAUUUCAGUCAUGCACUUUACUCUUUGACUGCUCGUAGUUUUGUGUCAGUUUUGAUUUGGAGUCGAUUUUUCUGUGAAAACUUAGCAACUUUUACAGAAAGGCGGAUCAGGCUCAGUUUUUUGUUUUUUUGUUUUUUUUUAAAGAAAUUAUAGCUUUAAAAAUAGUUUUUUUCUUUAAAUUGACAUUGGUUCAUUCUUAGUAUUUAUUUCCUAAAAUUGUUUAACUGAAUGUCCCUGCACAUAACAAAUAUGUAGGAUGUGAAGUUUAGUACAGUGACAACCCCCCAAAUGGCAAUAUUAAAAAGGCCAUUAGAACACACAAUUCAAGUCACUCCAAAAUAAGUUUUAAUGAUUAAUGAUUUUGACAGCCUGUGAGCAGAGAGCACUUUUUGUCAUUAUUUUCCUUUUUUUUCCUCCGCCCGAAGAUCAACACUGAAUUAUUCUAUAUGAUAAAGCGUGAAUGAGAAAAGCUUCUGCCUUACAGGGAUAUUUGACAGUAGUUAAAUUAGAUCUUAUAUAUUUAAGAUUUAACUAGAUCACAAAAAUAAGUAUUUGUUCAGACUGUUUCGCCCAGGUUUGAUAUUUCUCCUUCCCACAAUUGCAGCUUCUGGCAAGUGCUUCAACUCUGGUGAUUUUAUAGGCUACUGGCUUAGCUGAAGUUUGUUUUUGAAGUCUAAAAUGGCAGGAUCUAUUUAAAAAAAAAAAAAUGGCAUAAAGUAAAAUUUUGUCAUCUUUUUAAGACAACUGAUUUCCAGUGCAGAUACUGUAUUUCUGUAUUUCAGCAAACCUGCACUUUAUGUUAAGGUUUCUAUUUUAAUUUGAAAAUACUAAAGAUUUUUAACAAAUCAUUUCAAUUUAAACCAAUCAUUUCUUUUCCCUGCUCCUUGCUGUCUUGUUUCAGCCAUGCUUAUGUGCCUCUGGGACCAAUGAACUUAGUCAGUUGAAGCUAGAAAGACUGGACCUCAGAAAGAGGUCUUAGAGUCAGAAUUGCAAAUAUUUUAAAUGAAACUGCAAAUGCACCAUUUUGUGCUGCUUUGAAUGAGUGUGUGUGUGUGUGUGUGUGUGUGUGUGUGUGUGGGGUUACAGGAAAAGCUGUGUGUAUAUGUUCACACAUGUCUACCUGCUGUACAUGCAGCCAUGCACAAAUGGUUUGCAAAAGCCUAAUCAGCACUUGCCUGUUUUAUAAUGUCGCAGGUUUUGGAAUAAUAGAGAGGAUGAAGUUGAUUGCACUGAUUCUGUCUGUUGUUGUUGUUGUUGUUGUGGUCGGAGGAGCGAGUUUGGACGUCACUCUUUUGGGGAUUCUUCUGAUGUUCAUUUCUAAGAACAUUAGCCUUCACUGUGAAAUGUUUCUUUCGUGAAGCUCCUGUCACACCUGGGUUUGCACUACAUUGUGAGUCCAAAAUAAAAGCGCCACAGUUAAGUAAAACGUAGUAAUUACUCAUGUAGCAAAAUCAUUUCAUCACCUCUUGAACUGAAACUCUUGGGGAAAAAUUAGAUAAUUUUAGAUUUUUUGUUUUCUUGCAAUUUUUUAAAUCAUCUGGCGACCCCUCCCUCAGAUUUAUCUUGGGGCCCCUUUGGUUUGGAUCCACUCAUCUGCUAUACAUUUUUCAUCUGUUUUGUUUUAUCUAGACUUUUUUUUUUUAAAGAAUGGCUGAUUUUGCAUUAAGGGCAUCUUAAAUGUCUAAAUGAAUAUGUGAAAUUCAUGCCAUAGUUAAUGACACAGGCAACCAACCGAUUUCAUUGCCUUUUAUUUUUGUACCAACCUAUUAAUGGAUUUGGCUCCAGAGUACAUACCAUCUUCAACAGACCUUGCUUUAUGUGUACAAUCCCUUAUGAAAUAAACACUCUCCUGUGACAGUGCCUGUGGCAGUAGAAGUAGUAUUCAUAUAUCAGCCCUUAAAGGGAUGUCCUUAGUUUUAGCCCGACUGCUUUUAAACAAAACAGUGAAGUGUUCAGUUCACGACUCCUGAAUGAAGUGAUUGCUGAAACUCCUCCUCAGCUCAGCAGACUGUUUGUCCUUGGACUGCCUUUAAUGUGGAGGCGUGUGGAGGUUUAAAGUGCACUACAGAUUAAAGUGUCUGUUAAAAUGUUAAUUAUUGUCAAUGUGAGAUUCUUAUGUGUGUUAAUUUGACUUUGUUCUGUAAUUAUGUUGAUAAUAAAAGACUGGCCAGACUGUU